CAGAGACGAAACUGCUCCAUGUAAUAAAUGAGAUUUACUUUAGGUAUCUGAGAGAGAUUUUGAAGAAGAAGAUCACAAGCAAAGAAUCAUCUCGAAGCUUCAAUCAAUGGCGUAUUCUGUUGAAGGAAGAAGAAGAGCAAACGGAGGGAUGCUUCCUCUUCUGGCGCUCAGCACCGUCGCUGAGUACUACAGACUGCCGUGGAAACCACCGGUGACGGCAAGUCUAUUAGCCGCCAACACUCUCAUCUAUCUUAGACCGGCGUUCAUCGAUCCGGUUAUCCCUCACAUCAACGAGGUCUGGUUCAAUCCAAAUCUCAUCCUCAAGCACAAGGACUUGAAACGCUUCUUUCUAUCACCGUUCUACCAUGUAGACGAGCCUCACCUAGUCUACAACAUGAUGUCUCUUCUCUGGCAAGGUAUCAAGCUCGAGACAUCCAUGGGAAGCAGCGAGUUCGCUUCCAUGGUGUUUACGCUUCUCGGUAUGUCCCAAGGAGUCACGUUGCUGUUAGCCAAGUCUCUCCACGUGUUCUUCGACUACGAAAGAGCCUUUUACAGUGAGUACUCCGUGGGGUUCUCUGGCGUCAUCUUUGCUUUGAAAGUUGUUCUCAAUUCUCAGGAUGAGGAUUACACCAGCGUGUAUGGUAUCCUAGUCCCGACUAAGUACGCUGCUUGGGCAGAGCUGGUUCUUGUGCAGAUGUUUAUGCCUAGCGCUUCGUUUCUUGGGCAUUUGGGUGGGAUUCUUGCUGGUAUUCUCUACUUGAAGAUCAAACGUUCUUCUCACUCGGGAUCAGACCCUGUGACUAUGGUGGUUAGAGGUGUUACUCGAGCGCUGACUUGGCCGUUGAGGUUUAUGAGCGGUUUGGUUAGGUUUCGGAGGAGGAGGAUUUCAGGGAGAGGACGAGUGGGGAGAGGCCAGAAUGGUAUCUGGAGAUGCCAUUCGUGUACUUAUGACAAUUCUGGUUGGCAAAGUGUUUGUGAGAUGUGUGGCUUGGGACGGGGUAGAGGUAACGGAUGGUCAGUGAACCAGGGACAGACACCUUCUUCUUCUUCUUCUAGUGAUAUUCCUUUAGAUGAGCUGCGUCGUCUAAGAGUAGAGAGGUUUAGUUAAUAUGUGGAACUGUGAAUGAAGCUGAAGCUGACUCAUUCAUUGCAUUAGCAUAUGAUUAGCGAGGUGUCUUCAAGCUGUUUCUCUUUUCAUGUAUUUUAGUGGAGUUACAAAUAGUGUUGGCAUAACGAAUCUGUAUCACUAACUAAACCAUAGGUUUGAUCAUUCAUCAGUGAGUCUCCAGCUUUUAAAAUA